UGUUCUCAUGUCCACAGAGCCUUGUAACGUCACAGGUUUCCUCAGGGGGUGCGCGGUUCACCAGGAUCCGAGUAGCACGUCUGCCACACAGCAAGAGCCCCGCGUGGGGCCUGGGGGCAGAGGGUGGACCUGUACCAGCCCCGUCCUUCGCAUGGCUGUGGCUUUAACACCUCCAGCACAAAGUGGACCACACGACGCAGCAGGUUUCUCCCACUCAGUUCCGGGACCCUGAUGGGGGUCAGGUACCCGCUAUGGCGUCAGUGGGUCACCAGUAAAGCCAGAUUGGCACACGUAGGCAGAGCUCAUAACAGUGUGAGUGAGUUAGCAUUAUGUGUCCUUACCUGGGCAGAUGACAGUUCUGGUCCCUUCAGCCUGUGGUGGGACAGGCUGUGACCCCUCCCCCACUCACAGCAGUCAGGGAACCCUGAGGGUCUGUGAAGUCACUGAGUUCCAUGGCCCAAAGGCUUAUGGGCAGGGGUGCUGGCCCAUCUCCAACCCAAGGACUCACGAGCUCCUGAGAGGGACACUUUGUAUUGGGAACCAGGAACACUCCAAGUGCUGACCCCCAGAGGCCAGGACGAGGGGCAGGAGGUGCCAUCCAGGAGGUCACAGGCGUACCCGGCCUGGCUUGGGAGCUAUCCACGCCGCCAGGCCACCAUGGUCCUUGGCUGGCCACUGCUUCUGGUGUUGGUGCUGUGCCCGGGUACGACAGGCAUCAAGGACUGCGUCUUCUGUGAGCUGACCGACUCCGCUCAGUGCCCAGGCACACACAUGCGCUGUGGGGACGAUGAGGAUUGCUUCACGGGCCACGGAGUAGCCCAGGGCGUGGGGCCCAUCAUCAACAAAGGCUGUGUGCACGCCACCAGCUGUGGCCGUGAGGAGCCCGUCAGCUACAUGGGCCUCACUUACAGCCUCACCACCACCUGCUGCUCUGGCCACCUUUGCAAUGAGGGUGCCGGCUCUGCCACAGGGGCUGCCAGCCUGGUGCUGGGCCUGCAGCUGCUCCUGGGCCUGUUGCUGCUGCUUCAAUACUGGCCGUGACCCACAGGAACUGCAGGGCCUGGGCUGUACCCUGUGCCCCCGUCUCCACCCCUUCCCCCCAUUAAAUGGCCAGAGGUGCAGUCUA